GGGCAUCUGGAGAAACAAGGAAAUAGCUGUUAAAAGGGUCUCCAAAAAAUCCGGAGAGCAAGAAUUUCUAGCAGAAGUUACAACAAUCGGCUACCUGAAUCACAAAAAUCUGGUGAAGCUGAUCGGAUGGUCCUACGAAGGCAGAGAGCUCCUCCUUGUUUAUGAGUACAUGCCAAAUGGGAGCCUGGACAAGUUCAUAUUUUCUGAUGAUAGCCGGGAGGAGUUGACACUCAACUGGGAAACAAGGCUUAGCAUAAUAAAUGGCGUAGCCCAGGCACUAGAGUAUCUCCACUACGGCUCUCAGAAAAGGGUGCUGCACCGGGACAUAAAAUCGAGCAACAUCAUGUUGGAUUCAGAAUUCAAUGCCAAGUUAGGUGAUUUUGGAUUGGCCAGAACAGUUCAAGAUAAGGGAAAAACCCACCAUUCCACCCUAGAGAUUGCUGGAACCCCUGGCUACAUGGCGCCAGAGACUUUCUUGAUCAGCAGGGCAACUGUGGAAACAGAUGUUUAUUCCUUUGGUGUUCUGCUACUGGAAGUUGUCUGUGGGAGAAAACCUGGGAACCAAAAUGAAGAAGACACUUACAAUAGAAGCAUUGUGAAUUGGAUAUGGGAUCUUUACAAGGAGGGAAGGAUAGUUGAUGUUGCAGAUCCCAGAAUGGAAGGGAAGUUUGGGGAGAAAGAAAUGGAGUGUGUUCUGAUUCUGGGGUUGGCCUGUUGCCACCCAAACCCGAAUUACAGGCCCUCUAUGAAGAUUGUUCUGCAGGUUCUUACAGGGGAGGUAGAGCCUCCUCAGGUGCCCCUUGAGAGGCCCUCGUUUGUUUGGCCAGCAAUGCCUCCUUCCUUCAGUAAGUUGGAGUACUCCACGACAGGAAGUCAGCGUGCACCAUUUUCAGAGCUUACAGGGAGAUAAAAUGUGUAUAUACCAAGGUAGAACAGCAAGCCUUUCAGCCCUGUUUAUAGCAUAUUGGCUGGUAUUAUAGCAUUUCUAUUGUGUUAAUUUAGAUAUAAGUUUUACCACCUUUUUUUGAAAUAAUAUCAAUGUCUAAAUUGAAAAUCUUUGGUGUUCUUUCUUUGUACAAAAACGUAAGUGUAAGUCUAGAAAUAAAGGGCCAUUUCUUAA